AUGGAGAAUUCAUCUAAGGAGAUCAUUUUCACCCUCACUGGUCUGAAUGACACAAGAACAAACAAGCACAUUUAUUUUGUUUUUGCCCUUCUCUCUUACCUCUUUACGCUUUUUGCAAACUUGACACUGAUUGCGACCAUUGUGCUGGACAAAGUUCUCCAUGAACCCAUGCACAUCUUCCUGUGCAAUCUUUGUGUUAAUGGGAUUUUUGGUGCUACUGGAUUCUACCUUAAAUUUCUCAUUAACCUUUUAUCAGACUCUCAUGUGGUGUCAUAUAGUGCAUGUAUGACUCAAACAUUUGUAAUCUACAUAUACCUGUUUUUCGAAUUCACACAUCUGACGGUCAUGGCUUAUGACAGGUAUGUUGCCAUAUGCAGGCCACUGGAGUAUCACUGCAUUAUGACUCCUCGGAAAGUUGGAACAUUACUGCUAGUAGCAUGGCUUCUGCCUUUCUGUGAGGCAAAUGUUGGGCUUAUUUUGACACUCCGUCUGUCCCUUUGUCAGUUUAAGAUCAACAAACUUUACUGUUUCAAUUGGGAUGUGGUAAAACUGUCCUGCACAGACACAACAUCCAACAAUUUAUAUGGUUACUUUCUGAUGCUUUUGCAUGUUUGCCAAGCCAUAUUUAUAAUAAUCUCAUAUAUCCACAUCAUCCGGACAUGCCUGCAGUCCUGGGAAGAGCAGAGUAAGUUCAUGGAGACCUGCAUGCCUCACCUGAUUACGUUGAUCAACUUCACUUUGUUUCUUUUAUUUGAUGUCAUGUAUGCACGAUAUGGCUCAGACAACAGUCUGCAGACUCUUCGUAACAUCCUGUCUGUGGAGUACCUCAUCAUUCCCCCUGUGCUUAAUCCCCUGAUUUAUGGGUGGAAGCUAAAACAGAUACGUAAGAGUAUGUGGGGUUUGUGCAACAGCAAAGUUAGUACACUCAGAUGA